AUGGCUACUGUAGUAAUACCUCAACCUUCACCCUCAAUAAUGGGUACCUCAGCUCCUACCGAAACCGCAUCCUCAACGGCUAACUACCACCGAACACCUUCUACCCAAACUUCACCACCUACAAUUAAGGGCCGACGUCGCUCGGCUUCAAUACAUGGAACCCCAUCAUCCUCGUUUCAGGCUCCACCAAGCAAAAUUGGUCCCCAGCGUACAAGUAAAGUUUCGCAAAAGUUAAAGAUUCUCCCAAGUCCCGCAGACCAGGAUGAGGAGAGCGGACGCGAUGUGUAUUCUCAAGUUACGCGAAUCAAAGAUACUACAGCUCGUCGAGAUGCCGAGCGGCUUGGAAAAGCUGAGAGAGCACAUUUGCCCAGAGUAACAGCUUAUGCGACAGCAAAUGCGUACAAAAUGGAUUACUUACUCAAAUUCUUAAAAAGUCGUCAGAGUACACGGGGAACAAAUCCGAAGCAGUUUGACGAGUGUAUCUACACACCAUAUAGCUAUAACUAUGAUCGGGCACCACAACCACCUACAAUCCCUGAGGAUGAUCUGAUUGACUUGGUCAGUGAUCAACAUUCAAGAAACAGCGCAACGGACGAUACAGGUAGUGCAGAGAGUGAGAUUAUGGAAGACGAUAGAGAUGAUAGGUCGCUUCUAAAUUUCGUGAUGGAGCAGAAUAAAUCGGUAGUGUCAAGCGAGGUGUUUCUUUACCAAUACGGAGUAGUUGUAAUUUGGGGAAUGACAGUGGGCGAGGAGCAGAGGUUUUUGAAGGACAUUGCAAAAUUCGAGAGUGAGAAGCUGGCGGAGGAUGACGUACAGGUCGAAAACUUCAAUUUUUACGUCACAAGCUCGUACCAGCCAAGAAUCUAUAACGACUUCAUCACGCUGAAGGAUGGGGGAAAUUACAUGAUCAAGCUCAGUAUCAGUCAUGCUAUAGCCCAGUCAGUGAAGAUCUCGCUAUUUGAGGACCUCGUCGAUAAUACAAUCGAGGAUACAAAAUCUAUUCCACAGGAUGUUGCUACAACGGGGAAAGUAAACAUGAGUAGGCGUGAUAUCAUGAAGCAUAUAGGUGAACUAUUUAUUCUCCGAAUAAAUAUAAACCUUCAAGGUAGCGUGCUAGACAGUCCAGAACUCAUGUGGGCAGAACCGCAAUUAGACCCAGUCUAUCAAGCCGCACGAAGUUAUCUAGAAAUCAAUCAAAGAGUUUCGCUUUUAAAUCAACGAUUAGAUGUGAUUGGAGACUUACUCCAAAUGCUCAAAGAGCAAAUGUCCCAUUCACAGGGAGAACAUCUAGAAUGGAUCGUCAUCGUAUUAAUUGCGGCAGAAAUCCUUGUAGCCGUCGUCAACGUUGUUGUAGAUCUUUUUGCCGGGGCAGAUUAA